GACCAACACAAAACAGAAGACUCACUGAGUUACCGUCUACUAUCUAUUGCCCUACAACCAGAUGUCAUUUUGUACCACCUUUCGGUUUCUAAUUUUGGACUGGGCGUUAUGAUACAACGAUCACGUUCAUACCCGAAAUCAAACGUCCCUGUGCCUCAUUGUGCAGGAAGUACUCCCACCAUCAGCAUAAAUGUAUUACUGGUGGAAUUUAUUCGGCCAGAAAUGUCUUCCUCUACCCAGGACCUCUUACCACAAAUCAACCUAGGAAACACGUUUGGCGCACUUCUUAUUGGGGUCGUCCUUUCAGCAGUUCUGUUUGGUGUGACCAACGUUCAAACCUUUAUCUACUUCCAGACACACAAAGACACGGGGAUGUCAUUUUUUAAGCUGAUUGUUAUCUGGCUUUGGAUACUUGAUGCUCUACAUCUGGCACUGGUUGUACAUUGCGUCUAUUAUUAUUUAGUGACCAACUACGCGAACUUCAAUGCGCUCACAGAGAUCGUGUGGAGCUUGAAACUUCAGCUAAUAGUCGAUGUUCUCAUCGUUCCUACGGUACAUCUUUCGUAUGUUUAUCGCAUAUGGAUAGUCAGCAAGGGCCGAUCGAGAGUUCUCCCGGCUAUAAUAAUGUGCAUAGUCGUGGUUCUAUCAGGAGGUGUUGCCGUCCCUGUCGUGUUAGUGCAAUAUCGGUGCCGCUUGUUCCAGGAUGUGGUUACAACCGAGUGGGCGACAUACUUGACUUUGGGCGCGGUUACUUUUGAUGACAUCCUCAUUGCAUCAUCACUAUGUUAUCUCCUCGCUACUUCCCGUACUGGAUUCUCUAGUACCGAUUCUUUCUUAACAAAGCUCUUGGGUUAUAUAAUUAGUACAGGCUGUCUGACGAGUAUAUGUUCAAUAAUAGCUGUAAUCGCUUGUGCGGUGAUGCCGAGGAACUUCAUCUUUCUCAGUAUUGAAUUUUUAGUGACUAAAUUAUACGUGAACUCAUUCAUGGCACUUAUGAACGCACGAUACUACCUGCAGGCUGGCGCAGAUAGUGCGGGUUCUCCCAAAUUUCGUGCUGGCCAUAACGUUUUCCACCCUGAGUUACGCAUUGAGACGUCGCAAGACGAGAAGCUUCAAAUAUCGCGGACAGAUGUGUCUGACGAUGUAGUGCUCCAUACUACUCGACCUAUUCAAGCUGUCAAAUUGCCAACGACGGGGACGAUGCAAAUGCAGUCUUUCUCGUUGGCGUGAUGGACUUACAGUGGGCAUGGAUUAUUAUUUGUGCGUUUCCUCGCGAGAAGCGCUCACAAAUAACUUAUGGGUUUGUAGUAAAUCAUCACUACCCACCAUGUUUACGGAAGUACCUCGAUUGCUGGCUGUGAAACAUCAAUUUUCUUGCAC